GCCUAGCCCGGCACCCCCAGCGCGGACUCUUGGCGAGGGGACUCAGUGGGCUCCCCGGGUCCGGAGGGCAGCCUUCGCAGCCAUGCUCCUGUCGGGGGGCGAACCUCUGAUUCAGGAAUGGCUCCGGGUGCAGAACCAGUCCAAAGCCCGCGUGCACCGCCAGCGCCUGCCUAUGCAGCGCAUCUUCAGGGUCAAGCUCAGUGCCUUCCAGGGCCGGCCCGACACAUCGUACUUCUGGCUGCGGCUCGAGGGGCCCAAAGAGAACCUGAGCAAAGCCAAGGAGUACUUAAAUGGACUGUGCAGUCCGGAGCUGUGGAAGGAGGUGCGCUACCCACCGAUCCUGCACUGUGUCUUCCUCGGUGCCCAGGGCCUCUUCCUCGAAUGCCUGUGCUGGAGCUCCCGGGCUUACCUAGUGCCUGGCCCCCCUGGCUCCCUGAUGGUGGGCGGGCUCACCGACUCCUUUGUCCUCACCCAGAACUGGCUGGAGGAACUGGUGCGCCGGCUGCUCUGGGGUCCUGUCCCCCAGCCCUCCCAGGGGGUCAGGGAGGCUGAGGUGAGCCGGGCCUUUGGCACCCUGGUCUGGCUUCGUGCUGACCAGUAUGCAGGCUGCCUACUACAGUUGCCCCUGGCUGUCCAGGAGCUGCUGCUCAGACUGGUACAGGACACAGCGGGCAAGGAGGACAUCAUUGAGUGGCUGGGCAGUGUGAGCUCCUUUGAGCGCUGCUGUGAAGAUCCUUUCCUCCCACUCAAGCAAAGCCUGGCCCUGAUGCCCACAGGGGACAGUGCUGGGUCCUCAGGGGAGGCAGGGGCCCUCCGGAACGGGGCCUCAGAAAGCUGCAAGAGACUGAGUGGCUCUGGGAUCACCCGCCCGCUGCCCCCCAGCACCCCAGGCCAGAGCUCACAGCUGGAGGCAGCGAAGCAGCUAGUCUGGGUCUCCUCUGGCAUCCAAGGUGAUUCAGACCUUGCUGACAAGGAAGGGGCCUCACAAGGUGACAACGAAAGCCAGGACUCUGCACGCCGCACACAGGCCUGCUCCCCACAAAGGCAGGUGCAGAGGGUGGAAGACAAACUCCCCUUGCCAUCACCUCCUAUAUCUGUCCUGGGCCUGUAUCCACCUUGGAAGGCCUGGGCCCCUGCUCCAGCCUUUGGGCCCCUGUGGCCAGGGGCUAUGGCUGCCACCAUCUGGAGGAUCAAUGAACUGCAUUCUCUCCACCUGGCCUGGCUCCUGUCUCAGGCCUGCCUCACAUUCCCCUUCUGGCAGAGGCCCUUGGGCCCCAUUCAGCUUAAGCUGCCAGGGCAGACUCCCAUGCCCUUAAAACUGGAGUGGAAGCCAAAGGAGGUGGUUCCUUUGUCCAGUAUGGACAGACUGGAUGGAGGACCAGGAGGAGAGGCAGCCCUGUCCAACUGCCUGAGGCCAGAGAACCCCCAUCAAGUCGUGAGUUUAUUGGUGGUCUCAGGGGGCUCAGAGGUAAAGGAAAAAGCUAGCCCGAAAAUCCCCCAGAUUGAGCCACCUUUGCCCUCUACUCACCAGAUGCCCGCUGGAAGUGAGCCAGGGUCUCAAGGCAGCAGGCAGAAAGAUUGUAAGGGACCAGAAGCAGGUCCUAUUCCAGCACUGCCCUCAGGGCAAGAAAUGCUUCCUGCUCCAGAGAGGCUCGAGGCUCAGGGUGGGGUGCCAGCUCUGUCGGUUCUGGAAGCUCAGAUAGUGCCUGAAACUCUCAAAGUGCCCAGGGUUGAAGCUGUGCCCACAGUGCCAGUUCUGUCCUCAAUGCUGGAGCCACCUACAGCUGCCCAAGUGCCUACAGCACCAGUGCUACCUGUGGCUUCUGGAGUGCCUUCAGCUCCAGAGAAGCCUUCAGCAGUGCAGGGAGUGCUUAUGGCUCAUAAGGCUGCAGAGGACCUGCCGGCAUCAGCAGCUGCAAUGGUGCAUGCUGCUACUCAGACACUGCCCACUCAGAAAGGGCCCAGAGCUGAAGCAGCCCCUGUAGGUCAUAGAGCAUCCAAGGCCUUCACAGGGCCUGCAGCUCAGAUGAGCUCUGUGACUCCCAAAGCCUCCAAAGCUUCCCAAACACCUGCAGCUCAGAAGGGGUCACCAGCUGCAAGAUCCACCUCAGACACAACCAAACUUCUGAGCAAUGCCACAUCUUCCCCAAAGGGCUCUGCCUCCUGCCCACAGAGCCGUGGGGAGGCCGGAAGGCAGGGCAAUCCUCUCAACAUCACUAAGCUCCAGCCUCACAUGGAGGGAAUCCUGGGAGCCUGGGAUGGAGCCCCAAGGCAGCUGUCUCGCCAGUUGCAGCCCAGCAGCACAGUGACUAGCUUCCAGAGGUUUCACGAGGCCCUGAAGACACCUUUUGAGCUGGUUCUGUCGGGGGAACCAGGGGACCAGGGCCUGCGGAGGGUGAUCAUCGAUGGCAGCAGCGUGGCCAUGGUGCAUGGCCUUCAGCACUUCUUCUCCUGCCGGGGCAUUGCCAUGGCAGUGCAGUACUUCUGGAACCGUGGCCAUCGAGAGGUCACUGUGUUUAUCCCCACCUGGCAGUUGAAGAAGAACUGGCAGGUGCGAGAAAGCCACUUCCUGAAAAAGCUGCACUCCCUCAAGAUGCUUUCCAUCACCCCCUCACAGCUGGAGAAUGGCAAGAAGAUCACCACCUAUGAUUACAGGUUCAUGGUGAAGCUGGCAGAGGAGACUGAUGGUGUCCUUGUCACCAAUGAGCAGCUCCAUGUCCUGAUAAAUAAUUCUAAGAAACUCAUGGUCAAGGAUCGCCUGCUGCCCUUCACCUUUGCGGGAAACCUCUUCAUGGUGCCUGAUGACCCCCUGGGCCGUGAUGGCCCCACACUGGAUGAGUUUCUGAGGAAGCCAAACAGGUUAGACACUGACGUUGGCAACUUUCUGAAAGUAUGGAAGUGUCUUCCUCCUCGGUCAGCUUGUCUCACUGAGCUCAGUGAGGAGGCCGUGCUGCAGCCCCCAGAGAACCCAUCAGAGUCAGCAGAGGAAAUCAGGGAGGAGAGGGAGGAGAGGCAGGUGGAGCAGCAGGGAGAAGGACUGGGGGUGCAGAAGCUGGGAGUGCAGGAGCCAGAAGUGGAGGAGCCUGGGGUGCAGGAGCCAGCUGAGGAAGACUACGAAGAGGACUCUUUGCUGGUAUCUGUGUUCAGACUUGAAUGCCCAGUGCUCUCAGAAGAACUCCUCCGGUGUCUCAGUCUCCCUGAGCCCCCCAGUGGGGCUCUGGACAUUGAUCUCCUGCCAGGGUUGCCUUCUCCCUCCCUAGGAGUCCCCUGGGAUGGGAAGCCCCCCUGCCAGCAGGUUCUCACCCACCUGGCCCGACUGACCAUCCCCAGCAACUUCACUGCCCUCUCUUUCUUCUUGGGGUUCAUGGAUUCACACCGCGACGUCAUCCCAGACUACGAAUCCCUCGUAGGCCCCCUGCACAGUCUGCUCAGACUAAAGCCUGAUUGGAGGUGGGACCGUGAACACGAGCUCGCCUUCCUGGCUCUAAAGCGAGGCCUGGUGUCUGCCCUCUGCCUCUCGGCCCCUGACUCCCAGCUGCCCUUCUACCUGGAGGUGAUGGUCAGCCAGGUGGCACUGACAGCUGUCCUCUACCAGGAGCACUCUGGGCGGAAGCACCCUGUUGCUUAUACCUCGAAACCCCUGUUCCCCGACGAAGCAGGCCAGGGUCCCCAGUCGGGGGGAGAUAGCCCCUACGCUGUCGCCUGGGCCCUCAAGCAUUUUUCCCGCUGCAUUGGGGACAGCCCAGUGGUUCUGGAACUCUCCUAUGCCUCCCGACCCUCCGGGGACACCGAGGGGCAGGCGGCCCACCCUGCUCCUGAAGCCUGGCUGAUCCGAUGGAAGCUCUUGGUACAGGACAAAGGCAAGCGGACUCUGGAGCUGACCCUGCUGCAUGGCCUGCUGGGAGAGAAUCGGCUGCUGACGCCCGAGGCUGCCCUCCCGCGCUGUUUCCAGGUGCUGCCGCCUCUCUCUGACCUGUCGACCUUUAUCUGCAUCCACAUGUCAGGUUAUUGCUUUUCACAGGAUGACGACAAUGAAGAGUGGCGCACGGGCUUUGGGCUCUAUGUUCUAUCUCCCUCCAGUCCCCCAGUUUCCCUUUCCUUCUCCUGCUCCCCUUCCACACCCACUUUUGCCCAUUUGGCUGCUGUGGCCUGUGGCCUGGAGCGCUUUGGCCAGUCCCACCUCCCGGUGGUCUUCCUCACACACUGCAGCUGGAUCUUUAGCAUCCUGUGGGAGUUCCUGCCACUCUGGCAGGUCCGGGGCUUCCUCUCCUCCGAUGGGGCGCCACUACCUCACCCCGACCUGCUCUCCUACAUCAUAGGCCUCACCUCUGGCCUCUCGGCCCUUCCGUACAUCUACCGAACCUCCUACCGCGGCUCCCUGUUUUCUGUGACAGUGGACACUUUGGCUAAGCGGGGUGCUCAAGGUGGUGGACAGCGGUGGGAUUUGCCAACAGAUAUGCCCAGCCCCUCGGUGUAUCCUCGGGCUUUCAGCAAGAGGCUUGACUUACUGGCCUUGCAGCUGAAGGACAGCACCCUGGCAGACAUAAUCACCAAGCUGCAGAGUGGGCAGAAGCUUCCCAACUCCUCCCCAUUCAGCUCAUUCUACAGCUCGCUCAGCCUUGACCCAGAGAGCAACCUGCUCAUGUUCAAGGGGGAGAAAAAGCCCAGGGUCUGGGUGGUUCCCAGGCAGUUGAGGCGAGAUCUAAUUUUCUUCGUGCACAACCUGCCCAUGGAGGCCCACCAGAGUCUCGAGGAGACCUACAAGAAGGUGCGGUUGCUGGGCUGGUGGCCUGGGAUGCAGGAGUUUGUGCGAGGGUACUGCCGGAGCUGCCUCUUCUGCACACCCCAGAACCCCGUGAGUGGAGAGAUGAAGUUCAUUGAGUCCCUGUGGCCACUCAAUUCCACCGCUCCCUGGGCUAAUCUGCAGAUCGAGGUGGUAGGCCCUGUCACUGCCAGCGAGGAAGGCCACAAGCACGUGCUGAUUGUGGCGGACCCUAACACUCGCUGGGUGGAAGCGUUUCCCCUGAAGCCAUACACACACAUGGCGGUGGCACAGCUACUGCUGCAGCAUGUCUUUGCCCGCUGGGGGGUGCCCGUUCGCCUGGAGGUAGCCCAGGGUACCCAGUUUGGCCGCCAUGUUCUGGUGAGCUGUGGGCUUGCCCUGGGUGCCCAGGUGGUCUCCCUGAACAGAGACCUCCAGCUCUCCUCCCUGAAUGAUUCAGGGGCCUACUGGGAGUUCAGGCGGGCCCUCAAAGAGUUUAUCUUCCUGCAUGGGCGGCACUGGGCUUCCUCUCUGCCCUUGCUGCACCUGGCCUUCAGGGCCUCCUCUCCACUGGCCACUCCCAUGCAGAUCCUGACAGGGGCUGAGGGCAGGCUGACUGGGCCCCUGUGGUGGGAAAUCAGUGGUGCCAACAUCCAGGGCCUGCACAUGGACAGAUUCUUGCAGCAGCUGACCCAGGAGCUGCUGGAGUUGCAUUGGAAGGCAGCUGACAAACCCAGUGAGAAAGCUGAGAACCGGCGCUUCCAGCAGGAGAGCCAAGAGAGGGAGUGGAAGGUGGGCGAUCAGGUUCUGCUGCUCUCCCUCCCCAGAAAUGGUAGCGGGGCCAAGUGGGUAGGACCCUUUUAUAUUGGCGACCGGCUGAGCCCGUCUCUUUAUAGGGUCUGGGGUUUCCCCACCCCAGAGAAGCUGGGCUGCAUCUACCCCAGCAGUCUGAUGAGGGCCUUUGCCAAGAGUGUGGGCCCCCUGUCCCUCAAGAUCUUAGAACCAUGAGUGAGCAGAACCAUGUGAGUGACUGCUCGGGGCUGGAUGUCUGCUGCUAGACUUACCAUGCACACUGUCUCAAUUUGGCCCUUUUGGCCCCGGGGGGCCUCAGUUGUGCCUUUUGUAGAGCACUUACUUAAGCCUUGCGAAAUUGCCUUGAACGAGGGGCCCUUGUCUCUGGACAUUGUCCCCAUUUGGGGUUUUAGUAAACUUUUCAAAGCUGUCAGAUAUGCUCCCUGGCAGUUUUGCCUGGACACUAAAAUCCCCUUACUAAGCCAUGCCAGGCUUAAUAGCUUUCUCCAGUAUCCCCCUUGUUCUGACAUGUAUACACACACACAUAUAUACAUCUUAGACACACAAAUUCCCUCAAUAAAAGCACAUACACUACACACUGCUCAUAACAAACAGUAACACUAUGCCUCCUAUUUAAUACACUCCCCAUUGCACACAAAUACACCACAAACAUCACACACCUCUCCAACACAAAAACA